AGAAGGUUCUGGAGGAGGUUCUGGGUUCUGGAGGAGGUUUUGGAGGAGGUUCUGGGUUCUGGAGGAGGUUCUGGAGAAGGUUCUGCUGCUGACGUGGAGGAACCGGUUCUGUCUGGAGACCAUGAGGCUUUCAUGAGUCUCUGCUGUGGCUGGACCGCCGAGUUCUGGAGCACCGAGUUCUGGACCAUCGAGUUCUGGACCGCUGAGUUCUGGACCACCGAGUUCUGGACCAACGAGUUCUGGACUGCAGAAACAACGGUUGUUGCCAUGGGCGACUGGUCCUACCUGUCCUCUCUGCUGGACAAAGUCCAGUCCCACUCCACAGUGGUGGGAAAGAUCUGGAUGAGCGUCCUGUUCCUCUUCCGGAUCUUCGUCCUGGGGGCGGCGGCCGACCAGGUCUGGGGGGACGAGGCGUCGGCCUUCACCUGCGACGUCCACGAACCCGGGUGCGAGCUGGCCUGCCACGACUGGAGGUUCCCCAUGUCCUUCGUGAACUUCUGGGUCCUGCAGAUCGUGUCCGUGACCUCCCCCACCUUGGUCUACCUGGGCUACGCCGUCCACGUGGUCCACGGGGAGAAGAAGAGGACGGGGGCGGGGCUGAAGUCCAGGUACACCGAUGAGCGCGGGAAGGUCCAGAUCAAGGGGGUGCUCUUCUGUGCCUACAUGGCCCAGCUGGUCUCUAAAAUCCUGCUGGAGGUCGGCUUCAGCGUGGGACAGUUCUUUGUCUUCGGGGGCUUUUGGCUGAGCUGGAGGUUCCACUGCCAGACCAUCCCCCCCUGUCCGGAAUAUUCCGGCGCCUUGUGCUUCGUGUCCCGCCCCACCGAGAAGACGGUCUUCAUCGUCUUCAUGCUGGCGGUUUCUGGCGUCUCGGUGCUGCUAAACAUGGUGGAGAUCGUCUACCUGGUCCACCGCCAGAGGAGAACCUCCAGGAAACAGCAGCAGGUCCUGCACCGGCCGGCCCGGGCCCCCGAGCCGGACUGGGGGUCCAACAGCCCCCCUUACGGGGGAUUUGAGGUCCUACCUGUGCACCGCGAGGACGCAGCGGGACUCGACAAGGAGAAGAAGACCUGAUCCCUGAUCCUGGUCUGCUCUGAAUGUUCUGGUUGUUCUGAAGUCUUAAAUAAAGCUGAUGGGGUUGUCUGAUGUUGUCUGUCUCCAACUGUCUCUCAGACCUGCUGGAGCACCUGGAGCUGGACCUGGACUGGGUUCGGUCCAGGAACCAGUCCAGACCCGGUCCCUUAGCCCCCUUUAGGAAAGUCAGGGGAAGUGACUGGACUCCUAGUCCAGGACCACUACAAGGCCCUGUAAUC